AUGCCUGGCGCUGAUGGUAGCACCGACCAUCGCUCUGGUCGGCCAUACGACGCAGACCGUCCAGUCCCCACCAUUUCCAGGUAUCGCGAGGAGCAGGCUGCUCGCCUCCGGGAGUCGUCGCGCAGCAACGGCCGCGACGAACCGGUGGGGGAUCAUGUCAUCGUCUACCGGGACCGGGACAAGGGGAAGCAGAAGCAGAAGCAGAAGCAGCCGGCAUUACUCGACACUUCCGAAUCUGACGCUGCGUCCCUGGGCCCUCGGCAACGCAUGAAAAACAGCAGCAAGGGUUGGGAGAGGGCCGAGCGCGUCGUCACAGACCCCGUCACCCAUCUCCCCGUCACCAUCCACGACUUCUCCAGCGAGUCCCUGGAGGAGGUGGACGUUGACGGUGCUAUCCCCCGGCCUUUCUCUGCCGGCACAUCGUCUGGCGAGGACCGGUCAUGCCGCGAUGCGCAGAUGUUACGCCGUGGCCGCGGGCAGCUCUCGAGCCGCUUCCCUCCGCCAGAGUUCGCCGCCGUGCGCAGUGAGCUCGCUGCCGUCACAUGCAGGGGAGUCUCGAUGGGCCUGGUGGGCGCCGUAGGUAUCCUUGCCGGCUCGUUGUUCAUGGGCCAGCUGUGGAGAAGGCCUCAGCAGGGCAUCAUGCCGCCCUUUGCCUUCCCGAGGGUCACCACCACGGCCUUGAUGAUGGUGGGCGCCGGUGCGUGCAUCCUGGUCUCCGGGGUCAAGAACUGGGUCUCCAACAAGGUCAGGUCGAUAUUUGACAACGCAGUCUGGGACGUGCAUCGCAGGAAGCAAGAGGAUGACGCAUCGGAGCACCGAGAGGAGACGACCGUCUGGCUCAACUCGCUCGUCGGGUCCGUGUGGCCUGUCAUCAACCCCGACCUGUUUGCCAGCGUCAGCGACACCCUCGAGGACGUCAUGCAGGCUUCGCUCCCGUCCUUCAUCCGCAUGGUCAGCGUCGACGACAUCAGUCAGGGAACCGAGCCUGUCCGGAUCCUCGGCAUUCGCUGGCUCCCCGCUGGUGCCGCGGCAACAGCGGUCGCCCCGGAUGGAUCUCUGGCUCUGGACGACAAGGGCCCGGUGCAGGCCGGGCAGGAAGCCAUCGCCCAAGGCAUGGAGGCUGAGGAGGGUGACUUCAUCAACCUCGAGAUCGCCUUUGCCUACCGGUCGACGCGCCCGAGGACUGCGUUGGCAGGCAAGACAAACUCCCGAGGCAUGCACCUCUCCCUGGCCUUCUACCUCCCCGGCAACAUCAAGGUACCCGUAUGGGUCGACCUGAACGGCAUCGUCGGCUCUAUGCGUGUACGGCUCCAGCUGGGGCCCGACCCCCCCUUCUUCGAACGCACAACCCUCACCCUUCUCGGCCAGCCCAAGGUGGAUAUCAAGUGCACGCCCCUGGUGCAGAACGGGCUGAACCUCAUGGAUAUCCCCUUCGUCAAUAACUUUGUCCAGUCGUCCGUCGACGCCGCCAUCUCUCAGUUCGUCGCCCCGCGGAGUAUGAUGGUGAACCUCAAGGACAUGCUGGCCGGCGAGGACUUCAAGAAGGACACCGCGGCCGCCGGAAUUGUCAGGAUCAACGUCAAGCGUGCCUACGGCUUCAGGGCGGCCGACCCCGGCACCCCGUUCUUCAAGGAAGGCUCACUGGACCCGUACGUCUCGGUCGGCUGGGCCAAGCUGGGCAAGGCCGUGUGGAGUACCCGGGUCAUGACCUCCGAGGUGGAGCCGUGUUGGGAUGAGACCUGCUUCCUCCCCGUGACGGCGGCGGAGCUUGACAUCGGCGAGCGCGUGCGCGUGCAGCUAUGGGAUCGGGACCGCCUCGGUGAUGACGACGACCUGGGCCGCAUCGAAGUCGACCUCCGGACCCUGAUGCGCAGCGACGACUCCAGCGGACGCAUGUCGUGCCGCCUGGACCGCUUCCAGAGCCUGAAGUCCGGCGGGCGCUCUGUCCUCGGAAUGCUCGAGUGGAGCGUCGGCUACUUCUCCAAGGCCGGCCUCCAGACGAGCCAGUACGAGCACCAGACGUACGAUGCCGAGAUCCGGACGCCCGAGCAGCUCGAGGCCAAGGUCGACGAGCUCUGCGCGCGGAAGCUGCGGCAGCUCACGGCCAAGGCGGGCAAUGACGAGCGCGUGCAGUCGGAGCUCCAGCAGCUCAGGGCGCAGGAGCUCAAGGCCACCGAGGACGCCAUGAUGAUGGCGGCGCCGCCGCCGGACAACCACCCCAGCGGCAUCUUCAGCCUGCAGAUCCACAACAUCACGGGCCUGGAGCUGGAGAAGGCCGGCAAGCACGUGCCCGGCAACCGGGCUGAGGAGCCCGGCGAGGAGGACGAGCCCGGGGCGGACCACCUCCCCAGCGCGUACUGCACGGUGCUGGUCAACCACCGCAAGGUAUACAGGACGCGCACCAAGCCGCACAACGCCAAGCCAUUCUACAACGCCGGCUGCGAGCGCUUCGUGGGCGACUGGCGCGAGUGCGAGGUCUACGUGUCCGUGCGCGACUCCCGGCCCGGCCAGGCCGGCGGCGACACCCUCCUCGGCACCGUCCACCUGCCCCUGUACCAGGUCUUCAAGGAGCGGUCCCAGGUCACGAGCGUGUGGCCCCUCACGGGCGGCUCCGGCCACGGCAAGGUGAGGCUGUCGAUGCUAUGGCGCAGCGUCGCCCUCCAGGCCCCCCGCAACCUGAUAGGAUGGGACUACGGCACCGUAGAGGUCCACCCCACGGUGACCUGGUCCAACGCCAGGGGCGGCUCCGACAACAGCCAGCUCAACUCGAGCGAGCUCCUGUUCAGGACCCCCAUCGGCACAGGGAAGAUGCACCUCGAGUCCGGGAGCCACCAGCGGGCCUGGGUUGUGCGGGGCGGCCAGUCCCUCAAGCUACCCGUGGCCGAGCGCUACGCCAGCUGCCUGUCCAUCCUGUUCCAGAACCAAGGCUGGUUCGGCGGCGGGGGCAGCGGCGUGGUCAGGACCCCCUCGUCGUCGUCGACGAAGACCUUCUGCAUCCUCUGGCUGAAGGACCUGGCCGACGAUGAGGAGAGGGAGAUUGAACUACCCGUCUGGAGGGGCGACUUGAAACGUGCGACUAUGAAUGUCAUGGAUGAGCCAGCAAACCGGACGGCGGCAUCGACGUCGAACUCGGGCGGCGGCAGACACAGUCCCAGCGGGUCCGUAGACGCCGCCGUCUACCAUAAUGUUGACUUCGAGAGUCUCGACGGGACUACCAGGCACGGCAGCGGCAACGGCAGCGGCGGAGGCGCCGCCAUUGGGGGGCAACCGCAGCAGCAACCGCAGCAGCAACCGCAGCAGCAGCAGCAGCAGCAGCAGCAGCAGAGCGGUCACGAAGCCUUGUUGGGCAGUAGCUCGAGGACUAUUCUCAGCGAACCCAUGUCGUCGCCGGGCCGAAGCAACAGUCUGGGGAAGAAUAGUAUCGAGCCUAUCGAGCCUCUGUCGGCGACCAAGUCGAGUAGGAGUGGGAAGCAUCGUCGUAUCAGCAGUAUACAGUGGAAGAUCCCCCAUACGGCUAAGUGGAUGAGACACAAGGUCGACGGUAUGCUUUCGAGGCGUUCCAGCGUCGAUUCGGAGGUGUUCAGUUAA